AGCCAGGCGGCCUGGUGUGCCCGUCAACAGAGACGGCAGCGUCAGUUUCUUCCGUCGCGCCUGGAAGACGUCCGGCACCGGACCGUGACAUUACAUAUACACGCAUAGACAACAACCGUCCGUGUCCGGGUGUUGCUUCUACUUCCUCGUCGGGAUGUUCUACGCACGUGUGUCCCUUUAAUUCGUGCACGCCGGAGAAUGAGAUCGCUGACCGAGGAGCCGUUCUCAUCGCACGACGGAUAAUUACGCAAAAAGGCAGGGAACACCGAUCGAACCAUUGGUGCAACCGCGAGUUAAAAUGAGCAAGUCAACCCGGAAGAGACGCUCUUAACAUUAACCGGAAAACGCCAUAUCUAGGCUGACUUUGCCGGAAGUUGGUGGAACGUCACGGAAAUGACGAAGAAGUUUGAGUUCAACUGGCAGAUCGAGGUGCCGGAAGCACUCCGCACUGGCUGCGUCUUCGAUCGUUGGACGGAGGAGAAAGAUAAUACUGAAAUCGAGCUGAAUUGCUUGUUCAAGGUCGACGAAUAUGGUUUCUUUAUUUAUUGGCAGAGCGAGGGAAAGGAUGGUGAUGUUAUAGAAUUGUGUCAAGUGAGCGACAUUAGAGCCGGAGGUGUUCCAAAGGAUCCAAAACUAUAUGACAAGCUACUCAGCAAACACGGUGAACAGUUGGACGAGAAAAGUCUGACCAUUUGUUCGGGCGUCGAUUAUACCAACAUCAAUUAUCAACAUGUCGUAUGUCCGGAUCUUGCCACAGCUAAGGUAUGGUUGGACGGCGUUCGAUCGAUUACGCACAACGUCAAAGCGAAUAACGUUUGUCCGCUUACUUGUUUGAAGAAACAUUGGAUGCGAUUGAGAAUGUUGGUGGAUCCUAAUGGAAAAGUUCCAGUAAAGGUUGUCGCGAGAACUUUCGCGUCCGGCAAGACAGAAAAACUCGUUUACCAGUGUCUUUCUGAAUUAGGCCUACCUAGUGGAAAAAAUGACGUCAUAGAACCUGAUGACUUCACCUUUGACGCAUUUUACGCGCUUUAUCAUAAAAUAUGCCCGAGAAAUGAUAUAGAAGAAUUAUUUCAAUCAAUAACACAGGGUAAGGCUGAUACGAUUAAUCUGGAGCAACUGAUUACUUUCCUCAACGAAAAGCAAAGAGAUCCGACCCUGAACGAAAUUCUCUAUCCACUUUAUGACGAGAAACGGGCACUGGAGAUCAUCAAUGAUUACGAACAGAACGAAGUUGCUCGCAAUGAAAGAACGAUGACGAAAGACGGCUUCAUAAGGUACCUGAUGUCCGACGAGAAUGCGCCAGUUUUUCUCGACAGGCUUGACGUUUAUAUGGAUAUGGAUCAAUCUUUGGCGCAUUAUUAUAUCAAUUCGAGUCACAAUACAUACUUAAGCGGACGACAAUUUGGCGGAAAGAGCAGUGUCGAAAUGUAUAGACAAGUUCUACUUGCUGGAUGCAGGUGCGUUGAAUUGGAUUGUUGGGAUGGCAAAGGAGAAGACGAAGAGCCGAUAAUCACUCAUGGCAAAGCCAUGUGCACCGACAUUUUGUUCAAGGAUGUUAUAUACGCGGUCAGAGACACGGCCUUCGUUACAUCGGAAUAUCCAGUGAUUCUCAGUUUUGAAAAUCAUUGUAGCAAGAAGCAACAGUACAAAUUGGCCAAGUAUUGUGAUGAAAUUCUAGGUGAUUUAUUAUUGAAAGAGUCUCUAAAAGAAUAUCCCCUGGAGCCAGGAGUACCGCUGCCGCCGCCCAGCAUGCUGAAACGUAAGAUUGUCAUUAAGAACAAGCGCUUAAAUCCCGAGGUCGAGAAGCAGGAAUUGGAGCUCUUCAAACAAGGUCAAUUCGUGAUCGAGGACGAGGUCAAGGAAGACGCCAGCGCGCCGCCGUCCGUUGCCGCCGUCGUGGAACAGCAACCGGUAAAGGAAGAAAUCUCUGAUGUUGUAAUAGCAUCGGUAGGCAUUCAACAACAGCAAUCUAGCAGCGGUCCUAGUCUCGGCGACAGCAUAGAACUAGUAGCGGCUCAACCUUAUACCGGAAGUACUACCAAUGUACAUCCGUGGCUAUCCUCUAUGGUUAACUAUGCACAACCCAUCAAAUUCCCUGGCUUCGAUGUUGCCGAACAAAAAAAUAUUCAUCACAAUAUGUCUUCCUUCGCGGAAACGGCUGGUCUGAACUACUUGAAAACGUCGGCUAUUGAGUUCGUAAAUUAUAACAAACGGCAGAUGAGUCGAAUUUAUCCGAAAGGCACACGAGCCGACUCUUCCAAUUAUAUGCCACAGGUCUUCUGGAACGCUGGUUGUCAAAUGGUGUCGCUGAACUUUCAAACUGCGGAUCUGCCUAUGCAACUGAACCAAGGCAAGUUCGAGUACAACGGUUCUUCGGGUUAUUUGUUAAAGCCGGAUUUCAUGAGACGAGCCGACAGGAGUUUUGAUCCUUUUGCUGAAAGUCCUGUGGAUGGAGUAAUCGCCACACAGUGUAGUGUUCAAGUAAUAGCGGGUCAAUUCUUGUCCGACAAGAAAGUCGGUACGUACGUGGAGGUCGAAAUGUACGGCCUACCAACCGACACGAUACGUAAAGAAUUUCGCACCAGAGUGGUUCCCGCUAAUGGUCUGAACCCCGUUUAUAAUGAAGAGCCCUUUCUCUUCAGAAAAGUUGUCCUACCAGAUUUGGCUGCUUUGAGAUUCGCGGUAUACGAUGAAUCAAACGGCAAACUGUUAGGGCAAAGAAUUGUUCCUUUAGACGGUUUGCAAGCCGGUUAUCGGCACAUUGCAUUGCGAACCGAAGCCAACUUUCCGAUGUCUCUACCUAUGCUGUUUUGUAACAUUGACAUCAAAAUCUAUGUGCCAGAUGGUUUUGAAGAAUUUAUGGACGCUUUAACGGCGCCACGAGCAUUUAGAAAGACCGAAAGUAUGUCGCAAAAUAAAAUGCGGGGCUUGGGAAUUGAAGAGAGUGACAGCAAAAACAAUAUAGACAGCAAAAAUAACGUAUCAUCUCAUUUCGAAGCAGCUAAACCAAGAGAGGAAAUGAAGUUCGAUCCAAUUACUUUGGAGACUUUGAGACAAGAAAAGGGCUAUCAGAAAGUAUUACGGAAACAACAAAAAGAAUUAGAAUCUUUGAAAAAGAGGCAUCACAAGGAGAAGUUGACUGUCCAGAAGCAACAUUGCGUUGCUAUAGAGAAGAUUUUCAAAGGAAAAAACAAAGCGGAGCUGUCAAGAGAUCCUAUCGUUCGUCGCGCUGUUUCCGAACAGACAGCCCAAUGGUCGCGUCUCGCUGACAGACAGCGUCGAGAGGAACGCGAUCUGGUCCGCGGACACCUGGAGGAGCGACGAGCGCAGCUUGUCAAAUUAUGCCUAGCCGCUCAGUUCGCUCAGCAGAAACAACAAACUGCACGACAUGAUCGCGAUAUGAAAGAUAUGACUGCGCGACAAGCAAGACUUUCAGUGGAAAGCGCAAGAGAGGUGAUGAAUGACAAGACUUUGAAACGAAAGGUUAAAGAAGGCAGACUCAGGGAGAAGCAGCAGAAUAACACGAAAAAAUUUAUGGAAGAACGCAAGGUCGGACAGAUGAUACAAAACAGGGAGAAGGAGAAGCUUAAGUUGAUCCACGAGAAACAACUGGAGGAAUUGCAGAAGGAUAUGAACGCGAUCAUGGAUAUGUACAAGAACGAGGACAUGGAUUAUGAGCUGGCUAAGAUGUUGGCUGAAUUCUACGUGUGAUGAGCCAACCGAGUUUCUCCGCAAUUUACCUCCAAUGCGCUAUGAACGAGGACUGUUUUCAGACACACAAUUUACUAUUAUCGUUAAUUAUACUUGAAAUUGGGAUCAAACUUUGUUAGCUAUCAUUCUCAUAUCUGCCGACAAAUGUCGCGCGUUGUGAGAAAUCAGAUGUAAAACGAGCAACUACAGUAACGUUUCUAAUUCUUAUUCAGCCAAGUAUUUUUUUAUAAACAAACAUUUUGUGUCUCCAUAUAGUCUCUGAGUACCUAUAGACUAAUGAGGGAGUCAAUAAAACUAAAGUGAUCUAGUCAAGUA